AUGUUUGAGCACAAUGAUUAUUUGAACAGUGUAUGGGAAUUACCUGUUCGAAACUUUUUAAAAGAGAGGCGUAGAUAUUCAAGAAUUAUUAAGCAUGAAAACAGGAAUAUAUCAGUGAAAAACAUGGCUCAUUCUGGGUCAGUCAAAAGGUCCCAAGAUAUUCUAGCUUGUGGAUUAUGUGAAACAGAUACAAAAAUAAAAGUGAAAUGUAUGGACUGUGAUCUCUAUAUGUGCCAGAAAUGUACAGAUAAAGUACAUGCCAAGUUUAAGAAUGCUGAUCUCCAUGAUAUUGUAGCUUUGAAGGAUAUUCAUUCCCAUCUUGAUGAGACUGAUGCAAAGUCUGAAUUCAAACCUGUCAAAUGUAAAGACCAUAGAAAACAACUGUGCUGCAUGUAUUGCAUUACAUGUGAUCUAUUAGUUUGUCCCAAAUGCAUAGCAACAACUCAUCGUAGCCAUCUAAUGGAAGAAAUACAAACAGUUUGUCAACAAAAAGUUGAAGAAAUGAAAAAACUGCAAGAUCAAGUUCACACUAAGAUUGAAAAGUUCAUAGGAAAAUUAAAUUUAAUGGCAGAAAUUGAAAGAUCAAAGUCAAAUGAGAUAGAACAAAAGAUAUUGGAAGAGGAAAAACAAGCAAGAGAAGUUCAGUCACAAUGUUUGAGGCUACUUAAAGAACAUAAAGAAGAGACCAAAAGACAUGCUGAACUGAUGUCAAAGAAAGAAUCGGAAUUGUUAGAAAAAGAUAUAGAUAUUGAAAAAGUCAUGCAGGAUGUAGAAAAUAUUCAAAAAUCAAAAAGCGCAGAGUUGUUUUUUGGGGCUGUAAAAGGUCUGCAGACAAAAUUGGAAUCAAUUGAGCAGACAGCAAGUUCAAAAUCAUUUAAUAUAAAAACACAACAGUAUGUUCCUCAUUAUAAAAUCCAAACUAAUUCUAAAAUGGUUGAAAUGGAAAUUCAAUUUGAAAUCAAAUCAAAAUAUGAUAUCAACAUGUCAAGCAUAAACAGUAUCACAAGUGACAAGGAAGGCAACAUUUGGAUCGCAGAUGGAUGCAAAGAAAUACAUCAACUGCAGGUGAAAGAGGGAAUUAAAACCUUAAAAUCAAUUAAAAAUGUCCGUGGUUAUCCUGAAAUUAGAUGUUUAAAUAAAAACAUUCUCUUAACAUCUUUUCAACAAAUCUGCCAAUUAGCUGCUAAUGAUGAAUCAAAAGUUUUCAAAGAUCUUUCUCCUAAUUCACCAUACACUCUUCAUAUUUCAGACAAUGAAAUUAUUGUGGGAAUGGAUUGUACCUCGGUAAACGACAAAGUAGAAACACCCAUCAUCAUGCGAUUAGGAUUUGAUGGGGAAAUCAUACAGAUCUACAAAAAUCAUGGGAGACAACUGCUUACAAGAGAUGUUGUACGAUGCUGUACGACAAUCAAUGAUGAUGAUAUCUGCUACAUUGAUAGUAUUUUCAAAGGGGGCCUUAAAGGAGAUGUAGUGCUUAUCAGGAAAGAUGGAAUUAUUCAAUGGAAAUACAUAGGAAAUUCCUUUAUCAAUUCAAAUGAACAUUUCUUUACUCCUGUGGAAGUGUUAAGUACCAAAUCCAAGAAUUUGAUAAUUUCUGAUAAAAAACAACAUGCUCUCCAUAUUGUCACCGCAAGGGGGGAAUUAGUGACAAUAAUAGAUAUAACAUUAAUGGGAUUAGAAAAGCCAGGGGUUAUGACAAUUGAUGUCAGAGGAACUUUAUGGAUAGAAAGCAAAGAACUAAACAAACGGAUACUCAGUCAUGUGAUAUUCUCUGGAUUCUAGGCAGAAAAAUCAGACAAGUCCUGAUUCCAAAGUGACCUAUAUAAUUUCAUUGUAAUUUUUUUGUGUAGAGAUGCAUUUGUAACUCUUCAUUAAUUCAAAACAGGCAUUGUUUUACGAAAAACCACAUGUAAAACAUUUUCAAAAGUAAAUUCUAUGAAAUAAAUGACAGGUAGCAUAUGAAUUACAUUAAUUGUGAUGGAGUCGAAAAGUGAGAAGAAAAGUAUCUUUUUUAAAGUUUAGAGUAGCUCUUUCGAAUUUUUCAAUCUCAAAUAGUUGUAAUGAAGUUAAUAAUUUGUCAACAAGAACAAAUUUGCAAUUAAUGUGUAGCUUAUCAUAGUUAGAGAACAUUGUUAUUUUCAUACUAAUAAAAGACCAUAAUCAGGUUAAAGAAGGUCAAUUGGACUAAACUAAAACCAAUGCGUUAUAAUCACAAAAAUGAAGAAAAGAUAAGCUAUGUACCUUGUACAAGAAAAACUAUAAAAUGCUUGAUUUACUCCUACUUUUUAUUGGUAGUGUGCUUGCCUACCAUUUUUUUUAUUGUGCAUUUGAGUCCCGGGAGGGGUUAUUUUAAAGAAUUUGAAAAUUAGAAUUUUCUGCGUGCAAUUGUAUCAAAAGAAAAAAAGUAAAGACUAAAUUUGUCUGUUUGUGAUCAAAUUAAUUAGUACAAGUAAGGUUUAUUUCUUGCAGGAGAAAUCUACCUUUUAAACUGUCUAGCUUAAAACAUAAGCUUGUCAGUCUAGAAUAGAGCAUAAUAUCUUUGUAUCAAAUGUUCAAACCUUGAUGACAAAAUAUUUAGCUAAAAUAAGUAUUCUGAUUCAAUCUUUAAUUCUUCCAUACAACUUGUUAUCAGAUUUUCCAUUGUUAACCUUUUAGUUUAGCAAGUUUGUGAAUUGUUAUUGAUUUAUAUGAUGUUUUAAGUAUCACAACUGAGGAAAUAUAUUUAAUGCUAUGAAAUCUGUAAGAAUUAAACAGGUCAGAAACACUACCUUAUAUGGAUAUGCAAAAUACAAAUGUUCCCGGUAAUAUAAUAUGCUUACUUCAUACUCAAUUUGUUUUGCCUGGGUCAUUGACCAAUCCAGUGAAUGUUUGCAAUGCUUGAUGGACUACAACGUGUUUACAAUUUUCCGAUAGCUCAUAUUUUAAUGGCAAAACUCACAAUUUUUCAUGGAUUGCUCGAGAAAAAAAAAUUAUCUUACAU